AUUUGCUAAAAGUUAUUUUUGUUAUUUUUGAUUGAAGUAGUGGUUUCAAAAGUGUAGUGUGUCGGCCAAGAUGCCGAAUAAGUACUUUAUUUACGCCGGCGGGCGUUGGUGCGAGGUGGACACGCGGCGGGGUCGUGUGGAAGGCUUUCGACGGCGCGCGCGUUUUUGCUACUUACGCGGCGGGAGGUUGGAAGUGGGGCGCACUGCGACUGUCCUCCAAGCGCUGAGGGCCCUGGCGGCCGGCGCCGGCGGCGCUGCGCGGGAUUCUGCGCCUCUACCGCAUUGGCGUCGUCACAAGUCGCGACGCGAUAGUGUGCGCACGCGCUGCUGCUCCCAGCAUCUACAUCACUCUAGAUGUGACGUAAACGCCAAUGAGCUAGCCGACAAGCCAACUACUCCAGGCAAAGACAGUUCCCCUCGCAAAAGAAAAAGAACCACAAGUGAGGAGUCACAGAGCAAAGCUAAGCAGAUAAAGAGUGACGUGGCACAAAAAACCAAGUCUCCCCUGAUACUGUACAGGAUAAGGAGAAGUUGGUUGUCAAAAAUCUGUUGGAAGAUAGUAAGGGAAAGAAGUCACCGAAGGAGAAAGUUGUAAAAACUAGAAGUCCAGAAGAAGAGAAGCUAGUGCAAAGUCUUCUAGAAAGCUCUUCAGAAGACACGAAAGUGCAGACACCGUCUCCUAAGAAGAAACUAGGACUGCGCAAAGAUAAAGAGUUGCAAAGAAGUCCGCAGAAAGUGAAGAAUGUAGUUAGAGGGAGGAGCAAGAGAAAUUAGUACAGUCCCUACUGCAGAGCAGUU